AUGAGCAGCUUGGAGGAAGACGAGGACAGAACAGGGUCUCCAGGAUCCAUCUGUUGGUCCACGAAGACAGACUUCUCCAAAGAAUCUCCUCCAGACUUCAGCACAGAACCUGGACCUUCAGACAUAAAGUAAGAAGCUGCUCCUGAGCUGAGCUCAAGUCGGCUCACAGCUGGAACAUCUGCGUUUUAACGAGCCGUGAACAAAUGAACCAUCAAACUUGGACCCAAAUACUGGGACCAGUCUGCUUCAUCAGGACCCUCCUCAUGUCCCCAGCGUGGAGAAAACUCCAGAACCAGAUGUGGACUUCAGACAGACAUCUAUGUUGGUCUGCAGGAGGUCUUAGAGGAACAUCAGCUCAGUCUGAGGAGGAGGUGUGAACGUGUGACUGAAGGAAGUGAUGAAACAGGAAGUAGAACCCUCCUGAACAGCAUCUACACUGAGCUCUACAUCACAGAGGGACAGAGUGAGGAGGUUAACACCCAGCAUGAGGUGAGGCAGCUGGAGACGGCUUCCAGGAGACUCCAGGAGACUCCAAUCAGGUGCCAGGACAUCUUUAAAGCCCUGCCUGAGCAGCGUGGAUCCAUCAGAGUGGUUCUGACCAACGGCGUCGCUGGCGUUGGGAAAACCUUCUCGGUGCUGAAGUUCACUCUGGACUGGGCCGAGGGCUUGGAGAACCCAGAUGUGAGCGCGGUGGUUCUGCUCUCGUUCAGGGAGCUGAACCUGGUCAGAGACGAGCGGCACAGUCUUCUCACGCUGCUCCAUGUUUUCCAUCCAACCUUACAGAAGCUCCCAGCAGAGAAGCUGGCUGUCUGGAAACUUCUCUUCAUCUUCGAUGGUCUGGAUGAAAGCAGACUCCACCUGGAUUUCACCAACACCCAGCCACUUUCUGACGUCACACAGAAGUCCUCGCUCAGCGUGCUGCUGACGAACCUCAUCAAGGGGAACCUGCUGCCCUCGGCCCUGGUCUGGAUCACCUCCAGACCUGCAGCAGCCAAUCAGAUCCCUCCUUCCUGUGUGGACAGGCUGACAGAAAUACGAGGCUUCACCGACGCCCAGAAGGAGGAGUACUUCAGGAGGAGGUUCAGCGAUGAAGAGCUGUCCAGCAGAAUCAUCUCCCACAUCAAGACCUCCAGGAGCCUCCACAUCAUGUGUGGAAUCCCAGUCUUCUGCUGGAUCACUGCUACAGUUCUGGACCACAUGUUGACCACAGAGCAGAGAGGAGAGCUGCCCAAGACCAUGACUGACAUGUACGUACACUUCCUGCUGGUUCAGACAACCAGGAAGAAGAACAAGUACCAUGAGGGACCUGAGACCAGUCCACAGCAGCUGACAGGGGCUGACAGGGAAGUUCUUCUGAAGCUGGGGAGGCUGGCGUUUGAACAUCUGGAGGAAGGAAACAUCAUGUUCUACCAAGAAGACCUGGAGCAGCGUGGUCUGGAUGUCACAGAGGCCUCGGUGUACUCAGGAGUUUGUACGGAGAUCUUGAUCAGAGAGUGCGUGAUCUUCCAGAAACCAGUCUACUGCUUUGUUCAUCUGAGCGUUCAGGAGUUUCUGGCUGCCGUCUACAUGUUCCAUGCCUUCACCAGCUGGAACACAGAGGUCCUGGAGGACUUCAUGAAAGACUACAACCACGAGGACGCCAUCUGUGAAAGAAUCUUGAAGUAUCUUGGAAUUGUUGGUCCUUCUGUCCCAUCUUUGGACACCUUUUUGGUGAAAAUCACAGAGAAAUCCCUCAAAAGCAGAAACGGUCACCUGGACCUGUUUGUUCGUUUCCUUCACGGUCUUUCACUGGAGUCCAACCAGAAACUCCUCGGAGGCCUGCUGGGUCAGAUGGAGAACAAUCCAGAAACACUCCAGAGAGUCAGGAGCAACCUGAAGAAGAUGAACACGAGCAAAGUUUCUCCUGACAGGAGCAUCAACAUCUUCCACUGUCUGCUGGAAAUAAAGGACCUCUCUGUCCACCAGGAGAUCCAAGAGUACCUGCAGUCCGAGAACACAUCAGAGAAGAAGCUCUCCAUGAUCCACUGCUCAGCUCUGGCCUACAUGCUGCAGAUGUCAGCGGAGGUUCUGGACGAGCUGGACCUGAAAAAGUAUAACACGUCAGCGGAGGGGCUGCUGAGGCUGAUUCCAGCUGUGAGGAACUGCAGGAAGGCGUGGCUCUCUGAUUGUUGGCUCUCAGAGAGUCACUGCGACGUCGUGGCCUCGGCUCUGAAGUCCAACCCAUCCCAUCUGACACAACUGAUCCUGAGCCACAACAACCUGCAGGACUCAGGACUGAAGAUUCUGUCUGCUGGACUGGGGAGUCCAAACUGUAAACUGGAGAAGCUCAGCCUGUGGGACUGCAGCUUCUCUGAGACCAGCUGUGCUUAUCUGGUCUCUGCUCUGAGGUCCAACCCCUCCCACCUGAGAGAACUGGACCUGAGCUUCAACAACCUGCAGGACUCAGGGGUGCAGCAGCUCUGUGGUUUUCUGGAGAGUCCAGACUGUCAACUGGAGAUCCUGAAUUUGUGGAGCUGCAGAUUGUCUGAGACCAGCUGUUCUUACCUGGUCUCAGCUCUGAAGGCCAACCCCUCCCACCUGAAGUACCUGAACCUGAGCAAUAACCACCUGCAGGACUCGGGAGACUUGGGGGUGCAGCAGCUCUGUGGGUUUCUGGAGAGUCCAGGCUGUCAACUGGAGAUCCUGAGUUUGAGGAACUGCAGCUUGUCAGAGACCAGCUGUUCUUAUCUGGUCUCAGCUCUGAGGUCCAACCCAUCCCACCUGAGAGAACUGAACCUGAGUAACAACAACCUGCAGGACUCAGGAGUGAAACAGCUGUGUGGAUUCCUGGAGAAUCCAGACUGUCACCUGGAGACUCUGAGGCUGUCAGGCUGCGGACUGUCAGAGACCAGUUGUUCUUCUCUGGGCUCGGCUCUGAGGUUCAACCCCUCGCUCCUGAAGGAAUUGGACCUGAGUGACAACAACCUGCAGGACUCGGUGCUGAAGCAGCUGUCUGACCUUGUGGAGAGUCCAGACUACACAAUAAAAGUCCUGAGGUGAAGCAGCAGACAGACCUUCAGCUGACGAUCAAACUGCUGGACAGCCAAAGAUGACGGGCUUCAGCUGCUGCUGCAGAAACAUCUGGACUUUUUUAUUCAGUGUGAUUCCGAUGUGUGUGUGGCACAUCUUUACAACCCAACCGCUCCUGUGAA